UUUAUACAUAAGAAUUGUGAAUGAUACCGAUUUACGUAUCGGUUUGAAAACGAGUCCAGUUCGUGGACUGGCGUUCGAAGAUAAACAUAAAAAAGAAUUUCUAGCGGGCAAAAUGGUGCUGGUGUUGAACGGGGUCCUGCAGGAAGACUGUCCGCCCGAUAGCCGGGCGCUCUACUUGAACCACCCGGUAUACCGAGACACGGCGGCUCAAUUACUAUCAGUGCCCAACAAAGUUAUUGGCCCGGUGGGCCUGCUUUAUGUCCUGCAAAGAGAACUGGCCGUCACCGUGCCUCAUGAUAAGAAUGUGAACGUUCUCGGCUCAGAUGAUGUAACCACUUGCUUGAUUGUAGUCGUCAGACACUCGGGCUCAGGUGCAGUCGCUCUGGCUCAUCUGGAUGGUUCCGGGAUCGACGAAGCGGUCUGCACGAUGAUCCAACGCGUCCAGGACUUGGCUUUAGGAUACCAGGAAGGACGGAUCGAGGUGCAGCUGGUUGGAGGCUUUACCGAUGCACACAGUUACUCGGAGGACAUAUUCUUCUCCAUUAUGAGUUCCUUUCACAAACAUCCCGUGGAAAUUGACUUAACUCUAGCCUGUCUGGGCGAGCUAAACACCACGCUUAGGGGCGGGAUCCCGUGGCCAAUCAUAUACGGAAUUGGGAUAAACACUAAGACCGGCGACAUUUUCCCAGCCACUUUUCCCGAUAAAGGGCCCGGCCGUAUUAGAUAUUUACGACUGCAGUCUAGGCCUGCUUCAGAUUGCGCCCUUCAACUACGAGCCACUCAGAGGAGUGGACUUGUGGCUGGAGCAAACUGAUGAUUUCAUCUUACAACAGCUUUCUACCUCUCCGGAAGUUCAACCCCCGCACUUUGUCAUGCAGAUUAGAGCGGCUUUAAAGUAUAUCCAGGAUAAUCAAUUUCCGGCAAUUACAGUCUUCAGGGAUAAUCGGCCGCACUAUUUCCGACGGGAUGAGCACACCGGGCUGUGGAGUCCAGUGAGGUAUUAAUUAUCUGGUUGUGAACCUUUUCACAAUUGGCCAUUUUAUAAAGUUGAAAAUUUGCAAUAAUCAGCAAGGUGUGAGCUUAUCCUAGCCCGGUUAACUCACCCACGAAGGCCCAGGGUUUAACAACGAUUUUGGGUUGUGCAUACAAGCGCCUUAACAGGGGGUUUUCCACUUAGAUAGUAACAUUUUUUUUAUAUUGCAAUAGGCCAACAAAACAUGAACACGUUAAAUCAACAUAAUUAACUUUAAACAUCAACUAAGCGACUAUUGAAUAUGUAUAUAACUUUCAUAGAAAUUUACUCGGGAAACUACUUCUCGUCAUCUGAAGAAAGCAGUGAUAUGACCUGAAAAAAUUCGUGAAAUGUUCCGAAAUGGCUUGCAAGAUUUACUGCAUAUGUUAAGGUGGCUUCAAAUAGAAUUAAUAAAGUUAUCACUUACCUCUUGGGCAUUA